AUGCCUCCGGAUCGGCAGCCACGCGAUGACAACGUCCUCUUCAUUGAUUGCCGACCUCUUGGUGAGCGACCACGGCAUCAUUAUCAGAUUGGGGAUACUCGACACAUCGAUAUUGUUCUGAGCUCCCUCGGGAUUUUCCCGCCGCAGGGCUGGAAAUUGGUUGUGCGACUCUCACUGUCCGGGCAGUACCUGAGGAUCUUCCCCAUGGCCUUCCUGCGCAUGACACGUCGCCUCCUGAUGACGGCACUGAUCAUGAUCAUCCGCCACCGGAUCGUGAUUCAGACAUAUCAGAAGACCCAGCUGAUGACUCGACCUCCCAGGCUUCCACUGUGCUACGUCCUAGGAGCAGAUCACCCAGGCGUUUUGGAUACGCCGGAUGUCAAGCUGCAGAUUCUGCUUUCUGUCUGUGUUCGCCAGAGCAUAAAGAUCUACAGUCAGCUGGAGAAUUGUCCUCUGACACUGAGCAAGCUCACCUGCUGCCUGGGCACCGUUGGCCUUGCCGGCCUGCAUUCAUUCUGGGAUUUUGCUGAGGCUGCACUGUGUCCUUUUGUUGCUGGCUUCAAGGGUGUGCGCACUCACCGUGGUCCUGAUCGCUUACCGAGCAAUGCUUCUCCUGAGGCAAGACAGGCUGCCGGAUUGCCACCUGCCCACGAAGGUUCUCCAGGUCAAAGGGAGCCGCUUCAGCGGCCACCACCCUCGUUGCAUGCGACCCCUCCCACACAGGAGGAGCUUGCUGCCCAGGCCGAACCUUUCCAGGCUACUAUUGUUGUCCUUGCCCCCAGCUACAGCUCGGAAAUCGUCAAGAUUGGGCUGAGUGCUCCCUGCACGGUCAACCAGGCGCUUGAUGCUGUUGAGCUAGGCCGACCCGAUGCUCGACAAGACCUUUUCGGUGAACUGACCCCAGUGCUUCCGCAACCCUUUGAGGACCAUGCUGUCCUCAUUGCAGCCCCGAUCUGGUCCCUUACCACACGUGUGGUCUGCUUGCAUAUCGAUUUCCCGCAGCCACGCCUCUUUAGCGUAACGGUGCCCCACAGACUCAAUCGUGAAAGCAUAUGUCUGCUUGCUGAGUGCCCGCUAGGCAUCGACAUCUGUGUUUACGUUGGGAACUCGUGGCUCGCUCUCCGUCAAGGGGAAUUCGCCCUCUUCAACCAUGGAGAUCUUGUGACCUUGGCACCAGCCAACAUUCUCCAUCGGCCUGGGGUAGACUUACAAACCAUGCUGCUCUCAGCCCGGCCGUGGGCAGCUAACCCCGAUGUUGUUCUUGGGCCGCCUGGGUGCCACUUCAACAUCUUGACUGAUGCCAUGCCUGUUAGGCUGACCUUGACAGAUUUUGGUCGUCAGGCCUUCACAGGGCAUGUUGAGACUGCCCUACAAGCUGAUCCCCUGCGACUAUCUCUGAUUGCCCCACUCCCUGCCAUCGAGGACUUCAUGCACAAAGGAUUCCACUGCGAGCGGACUGUUCUUGCGACCGAGCAGAUCAGUCGGAUCCCUGUCCCCCCUGGGAGGGUCCAGCCACGACGCACUGCAUUCUUCAUUGAUGGCCGACCGCUCCUUCUUGGAUUGUUCUGGCGCUUUGCACCAGGCCAACAGGUCGAUGUCACUGCCUUAAUCGAGGAGUUUGCGCACCGUGUCUCGCCUCCCUUUGUGCUGACGGUCACGGGCGGGACCCCCAUGCACUACGUUGAUAGAACCAUUCAUCACAUUUGCUCAGGGCAAGUUGUUGUGCUCACCCCAAUUUGCCCCGCUGAUAAUGAUGAGGUAAGUUCUCCGCCCCUGCUCAGCGACGGUGAGGAAUCAAGCUCCUCUGGAUCCUCUGGGCAUUCCUCCCCGAGCUCGCCAUCUGAGCACACUCAGAGAACCGACAACAAUGCAGCCCCUGAUGACCCUUCUGCUGCCGGCUCGGAGUCACCUCGGUCGCCAGGGCGUAGUGCUGAAGACAGGAGCCGCUCCCCUCGGUCUAGAGGCCUAGGAGGUGAAUGGCACCUCCUUACCAGCUGGCUUUGCCUUAUAGGACACCUCUGGCUUGCCGCCGCACCUCUGACAACAACCUGGCCUUACAUGUGCAACGGAGCUUUCCUGCAUGAUGUCUUUCGCGAAGACGAGCUCCUGCGCACCUCUGUAGACCAGUUCUUUGUGUUAUGUGCUGGCCUUGCCUACCAUCUCGCAGCCCUUGCCAGACUACUCUCAUCCACUGCCAGUGUGGUUUGUGCCCUUUGCAUUGCCAUUCAGCUAGGCUGUGUACGGCCUGGAACCAUUAGAAGCUUCCCGAGUCUAGGCUUUGCUGUCGGUGUCUUCCUCGCCUUUUCUGUGGCUUGUGAAGCUGUCCAACUCGGGGCUAGCCGUGGCGGCGUGCCUGACCUAGCACACCCAGAACCUGCCAGACUCUCGCCCCACCUAGCAAUUGCCGUUGAAGCACGUGUUGACAGCGAUCUCUCUAGCCUGUGUCGGCCUACUGUACCCAAGGCAAGGCCAGUCCCCACACCAUGCCGAAGCACCGCUGAUCCUCCUGAGACCGCUGGUCAUGCUGCAUAUUUUACUAUCGCUGAUGAUAGCGAGUCUGAAGCCGAGGAAGAUGAGGCGCCCAGGAAUGACACACCAACUCCCGAUGGCCCAGAUGAUCUCGACUGCACUCUGGACGGACCCUCUGUGCUUGAAUGGGAGAUCUUCGGUAGGGCCCCGGUGCAUUCCAGGCAUUCGUCUCUCAGCUCAUGUACUCUUCUUUGGCUAGCUGCUGCCCGCGCAGACUGCUUUGCCUUCGCUUUGGCCAGUGCCACGCUGGAGGUACUAUGCGAGGCCUUCCCUCCGACGUGCUGGCAAGCUGAUGUCGUAUGUGCCUCCUCUCCGGGAGCCUUGCCCACAGCUGUGCGCCCAGGCCGCAUCCUCACCUUGGAUGACAAGCUACCUGCCUCACUUCUGUCCAGGUCUCCCUUUCAGCCGACCGCCUGGGAAGCCCGACUCAAAUCCUGUGUCGAAGACCUUGACGGCACUAUCCGGGUAGGGAAUGUCCCGGUUCCAUUCACUUGGCGGCAAUUUGCACAACUCUUUGCCGCAGGCGCUGACCUUGUCGACCUUACCACUGCGUCUGCCUUCUGCCCAGCCCUCAGACAGUGGAGCAGACCGGGACUCAUUGCCGCCUUGUCUUCUGCGUGCCAAGCCUUCCCGCCUGAUGACAUUGUCUGCUUUACGGAUGGCUCCUACACGGCUGUCGCUGAAGGCCCUGAUUUAUGCGGCUGGGCUUGCGUGCUCUUCCACACCGGCUCUCAAUCUCUGCGGUUCCUGUACGGGUCCUUCCCGGCCUUCCUUGCAGAAUCGGAUUUUUGCCCAUCGCCAUUCCAGGGCGAAGCAGCUGGCUUGCUCGCGGCUGCUCUGGCUACCACUGCCACCGCUGCUUAUGCUAGCGUCCACUUCCUCUCCGACUGCAUUUCCGCUCUGGGCAUUGCUGAAGGGGUGUGCCACUCUGCCCCAGGCAGCGUUGCACAGGCCAUGCGACAUGCUCAUUGGCUCCGCUCCCAAUGCACUCCUGGGACGGACUCUUACUCGCAUAUACGAGGACACCAGGGGCACAUAGGCAACGAGGUAGCUGAUCUGCUUGCUAAGGCUGCAGCGAGCAAAGCCACGCCCUCUUGUGGCCUCAGGACGCCCACGCAUAUCCUCUGCGCGUGGCUCGGCGCAGGGGCCCCCUACCUCCCCUGGGCUGGUCUGGCCAUCCUCAGUGCUACUGGGGACUCUUCUCUCCCCCCAUGCAAUGCCACCAACCUUGGCAACGACCAGGAUCAUGCGGGACUCACUUGUUGUGCUCUUCUUGAGCCUUUUAUCCCUCAAGGGGCUAUCCCUGACAGUGAGGACUUUGCCGGCCAUCCCAAAGCCCCUGAUGUGGCAGCCUCUCCAGGCUCCUGGACCAUGUCUCUGGCUCUGGCCACCUUCAACACCUUAUCACUUGGAUCUUCUGCUGAGCAGGAAGGUACUCCCUGCGCAGUGACCGAAGGUCUAGCCUUUCGACCGGCACGAGCAGUCCUGUUGGCAUCCCAACUUAUUGACCAUGGUAUCCAUGUAGCAUGUCUGCAAGAGACCAGAGCCGAGGCUGGCCUCACGAAGGUCGGAGGGUUCUUGAGAUUUGCUAGUGGUGCCAUCAGAGGGCAGUGGGGAACCGAAUGGUGGUUUCGUGAGAACCACCCCUUGGGGCUGCAAUCGCAGGACUCCCCGACCUUUCGUGAAAAGCACUUCGCUGUUGUGUUUUCUGAUGCCCGCCGCCUCUUUGUCCGUUUUGUCUGCAAGCCGAUCAGGAUUCUCUUCAUUGGAGUGCAUGCCCCCCACCGGGCAACGGAGGCUGAGGCUUUACUGAGUUGGUGGCAGCAAACCUUCAAGCUUGUCAAAACCCACUGCCGUGAUGAGUGGGUUGUCUUUGCCGGUGACUGCAAUGCUGCAGUCGGUUCGAUUGGCUCCAACCACAUUGGACCACAUGGCGCGGAACCUGAAGAUGUGGCUGGCGAACAGCUGCAUGAUAUUCUCCGGUACAUCGAUGGAUGUCUUCCUGCCUCCAUCCCGGAGCUCCACUCCGGUCCAACCCAUACCUACACUCACAAACGGGGCGGCGGACUUGCUCGCAUUGAUUAUCUUUGUGUCCCCCGUUCCUGGCUACGAGGCUGUUGCAAGUCGCAUCUUGCCCCCGGCAUCCAUGCAGCGCAUAGCUGCCCAGAUCAUGUAGCCUUAGCCUUGCACAUUCAACUCCCCAUCCAAGGGCCCUCCGCCGUGCCUGCGCUCAGACCUCGUUCCUUCUGCGCGUCUGACAUUCUUGCGCCUGCCAAUGCCGAUGCCCUCGCCAAGGGGCUCAGCGCGUUACCACCCGUGCCCUGGAAUAUCUCUGGCCAUGCACAUGCUGCUAUCCUGGUCUCAUGUGUGCAGCGCAUCCUCACGAAUCUCAAGCAAAAGAGCGGGCCCAGACAGCACCGCAGCUACUUGAAGCCGGAAACUUGGCAGCUGCAGAGGCAAGUCGCCUCUGCGCGAGGGUCCUUGCACCGCCUCCAGCACCAACUGCGUUCUCAGCGGUUGGCGGUCUGUUUUGACUCUUGGUGCGGCAGGCGAGAUGCAUCCGCGCCACACUGCGGUGCUGCGUGGUGGAAGCAGGCUGAUGUUGCUAUCGCUGCGCACCAAGCUGUGCUCAGACAAUGGUGUGCUCAGCUCCGCCUUGCUUGCCGUAAUGAUAGAGCUGAUCACAUUAGUCAGUUGGCCGAUAAGAUCUCCACAGGGCCCUCCGGGGAAAUCUUUCAGAAUCUUCAUGCACUCUUGUCCCACAAGCGCCGAAAGCCAUAUCGGGCUGAGCCUCUCCCUGCCCUUCGCCUUGAGGAUGGCACUCUCUGUGCUGAUGGCGAUCAAGUGCUUGCCAGAUGGAGACGCCAUUUUGGAGGUCUUGAAGCUGGCAUUGAGCUCUCCGUCCCCGCUUUGGUUGACCGGGUGCACCAAGGCAUCCACGAGGACAACGCUGACUCCUCUCCGUGGCCCCUUCCGGAGUCCCUUCUUGAUCUACCCACAGAAGCCGACAUCCAGCGACUUCUUGUGCAGGCUAAGGCCAACAAGGCUCCUGGGGCCGAUGGAUUGCCUUCAGAAUUAGGCCGUCAAUUCUCGAGGCAGCUAGCACCCCACCUUCAUCGCUUGGCAUUGAAGACCGCUCUCCGGGGAUGCGAGCCGAUCGGCUUUAAAUCCGGCAAAGCUGUUUGGUUUUUCAAGGGCAAAGGUUCCAUGAGUGACUGCAGUUCCUACAGAGCGAUCCUUCUCCUACCGGUUUGGGGUAAGAUUCUGCACCAAUCACUUCGCCCGCCACUAAAGAGCCAUUUCCAAGCUAAUUCUCCUGAACUCCAGCUUGGGGGGAAAUCUGGCAUCAGCGUAGUUUUUGGCAGUCAUUUGAUCAGGGGAGCUGCGCGCUACGCUGCUUCGCAGGGCCGCACCCACUUCACCUUGUUCACCGACAUAGCCUCUGCCUUCUAUACCGUCAUACAGCAGCUCGUCGCGCGAAGCGGAAGUCAGACGGUCGAUGCUUCAGCUUUUCGCCAAACCACCCAAGGGCUACGGUUGUCCUCUGAGGAGCUCGAGGCCCUACGUCAGCAUCUCGCUGCCCCUACUGCCAUGAGCUCCUCUGGAGCCUCCCCCUGGUUGGAGGCGCUGACUAGCCGAUACCAGGCUGACAACUUCUUUAUGCUGAAGGGCGAUGACAAAGUUGUUGAGACAUCCCGCGGCUCUAGACCCGGCUCCAGCUGGGCUGACCUGGUCUUCGCUGAGGUCAUCACACGAGUCCUCCAUCGGAGGGACGCCUUAAGGGAUGCUGGGUUUUCUUGUUCCGAGCCGGUUCGGCUCCCGUGGGAUGGAGAACGCACCCUAGACCCGGUUCCUCCCUCGUCUGCUGACUUGAGUCUCGAUAAUGUUGUAUGGGCCGAUGAUGUUGCUCUUCCUCGCCUGACCACUCCCGCGCAAGCAGCAUCCGCCCUGGCUUUCGAGACCAGCUGCCUGGUUGACUCCUUCAAGGAGUUUGGAUUCUCGUUGGCCUUCGGGCCUCAUAAGACUGCAGGGGUUCUGCAUCUUCUGGGUGCCGGAAGCAGAACUGCCAAGCGCCAUAUUUUCGGCUCCUCCGGCCUUGCGGGCGCUGUCCCUGUUGUCUUUGAAAACGGCAGUGUGCGCCUUCCUCUCGUGCAUUCUUACCGGCAUUUAGGCACGCAACAAAGUCCCGGCGGGGGAUUAAGUGCCGAGAUCCGAUACCGGAUUGCCCAAGCUAGAGCUUCGUUCGCUGAAGGUCGCAGGAAGGUCUACAAGGUCUCGCAAAUUUCUGCCAGGCGGAAGAGUCACAUACUUUGCGCCACUGUGUUGGCCAAACUCUUCCAUGGCGCUGGCUCCUGGGGACCCCUGAGCCAGUGCGAACGCCGACUACUGCAGGGAGCUCUUUGGUCUUUUUACCGACCCCUUCUCGGGAUCAAGCAUUCUGAUGAUCAGCAUGUUGACACGUUUUCAUGCUUGGCCCUCUUAGAACUCCCCAGCCUUGAUACUUGGAUGCGGUUCCAUCGACUCACCUACUUCAGGCAGGUCGUGUCCUCGGCGCCCCCUGCGGUCUGGGCAGUGCUGCGAGCAGACCGUGCUCAUGCUUCGCUGGUGCAGGAGGAGACGCAGCUGAAUGCUGAGCAAGCUGGCGAGGAAACUGCCACCCAGUUGCUGGGCCUUGCGCCCGAGCUGAGGCAGUCCCUGGUGCACGGCUGCAGCUGCAGCUCACUCAGCCUUGCGGAAAGUGCCGCAAAGUUUGACGUGUUUGUGGUUUCCAUGUUCGGGGAGACGAGUACAAUGCAUCGCUGCUUUACAGUGUCUCCAUCGGUCUGGGAUGAAGUCUGCAUCCCAUGCCGCCGCGCCUUCGCCAACAGGACACGCUUUGCAAGGCUUGCGGGAAGCGCUUCUCUUCGAUUGGACGCUUACGGCGACAUUUGCUCGCCCACACCGACUGCAUUUCCAAGUGGGGUGCUUUUCAGUCUGGAGGAAUUGGGUCUGGGCAUUCGCACUGAUGUCUCUCUGGGAUUGCUAGCUGAGCUUUCAGCUGUCGAAGAACCCUCUAGCGGUCUUGUCUGGGAUAUUGUUGCCGGCUAUGUCGAGCCCCUGACGGUGCUCAGGGCUACGGUUCAAGAGUGGAGCGCUGCUCCUGAAGCUACUCCGGAUCGUGUCUCUGUGUGCCAGGACAUCUUGCUUCUUUUGGACGUUGACCUGCUAGCCGACUCAAGGCAACCUCUGACAGCUCCUGGCCGCACCAUUUCGGAGUCUGUCCCCGAUUGGCCCUUACCUGGGGCUGGUCCUCUCGUCUGUGGCCUCCCACGACAAGCCUUCCUUCUUGCCACGCCGCCUUCCAUGCAUCUCAGCCCCUGGACUCCACGAAGCAUGCGCCUCCGGGAUGCCACUGGCUAUGCCGUGUGGCUCGAAGAUGCCUGCCGGGUACUCGCCAGCCUCGUCGAGGCCUCUCAAGUGCGCCCGGGUAACUUACACUGCCCGGGCAUUGGUGAUGCCCUAGGACCAGCUGCCGACUGGAUGCGAGCCGUUGGUUUCGAGGUAGGGCCAGACGACAUCUCCACACCUGUCUGA